CACACAAAUAAAAAAUGUAUGAAUUUUAAAUACAGAUGAAUAUGUAAGCCUACGCUUCAUUUUUAUAUAUACUUCCUAGUUGGAAGAAGACAUGAAAUAAAGAUAAUUUGGUAAGACCAAUCGAUAUGUCGACAAGUCUGCAAAAAACUCCAGAGAUAAUUCAGCAUGUCCAAAGGAUGAAUAAAAUUACCAUCAAACCAAACCUAGCCUCAGAAUACAAUCAUAUAAAAGGAAUAUACACAAUAGAAUACGAUAAUACAGAUGGAGAAGAGGUAAUUACUGUUACAGAAAGUGAACCCAGUAAUUAUGUACUGCCUACAGAUAAAUUUAUUUGUUUAAAAGCUAGUGAUGGAAUGCUUCUAAUUGACGGGGAACGUGAAAGACAAAAUUGUGUCCGCGAUAAUCUGACAGUUUUUAGUCCAGCUGGGUUUCAGUUGGGGAGUGUGGUGAGAAGGAGGUUUGAUUUAUACUCGCAAUAUGAUAUUUGUGACGGCAAUAUGAAAAUGUUAUAUCACCUCAAGUCUGACUCUUCCGAAACUUUUAUAAUGAAUCAAGGCAACAAAGUUGUAGCAACAGUCAGUCAUGAUACAAAAAAGACAACGUUUGAAAUAAGCUAUCAGUUGGAAACAUCCACAAUUGAAAAGUUUUUGAUAUUAAUAUGUGUAUUAAUGUGGACGAAACAUGUACAACUGCACAAUGAAGGUCAAGAAGAUUAUUGUUGCCGAAUGAUUUUGAGGCAGUUAACACUAUGUUUGAUAUCAUGCAUCCCGACGUAAUUACAACAUAUUGUUCAUGAUUAAAUACGUUCUCUUGCUACUUUAAUUUGCUUAUUUUAUAGGUUCCAUGAGUUUAAUGGAUUUUUUGUAGUUGCUGAAUAAAUGAGGAAGCAGACCGCGAAUCUCGAUGUUUUGAUUGUGGUUUUGACUUCAUUCAAUCAUGACAUGUUGUCAUUGCAAGUAGUGUAGGUUCUGCAUGAUAAUGUCUUGUGCAAUUUUCACAGUCAUAUUUAAGCGUUUAAGUGCUACGACCAGCACUGGCAUUUGAAAGAACUACACACAUAGAAAUCAGUUAGUAGCAAUAAACAAACCUCACCUGCAUAUAGGAUAUACAUGUCUGAACACAUUGGUUAUUCAAGAGUUUGCAGCUGCUACUUAGACUUAUAAAUUAUCACCAGUGUCUAACUCUGUACAAAAUCACCACGAAGUAUCAAAGCAUAAGGUUUGUGAAGAAGAAACAUGUCAAAGAACGUCUGGUCUUUUUUUUUUUAUUAAGUUCAUCGAUGAUACCAAGACCGUAUUAACUUCACAAAUAACACACAAAUGUC